GCAGGUCCGCAUGCAGACCAUAAAAGGGAGCUGUUCCCGCACUGUAUCAUCUCCCUAGCAGCGAUGUCUGGACGUGGCAAGGGUGGUAAGGGUCUGGGCAAAGGCGGCGCCAAGCGCCACCGGAAGGUGCUGCGCGAUAACAUCCAGGGCAUCACCAAGCCCGCUAUCCGCCGCCUGGCCCGGCGCGGCGGCGUGAAGCGCAUCUCCGGCCUCAUCUACGAGGAGACUCGCGGGGUGCUGAAGGUCUUCCUGGAGAACGUGAUCCGCGACGCCGUCACCUACACGGAGCACGCCAAGCGCAAGACGGUCACGGCCAUGGACGUGGUCUACGCGCUCAAGCGCCAGGGACGCACGCUCUACGGCUUCGGCGGCUGAGCGCCCGCACGCUCGCCUCGCACACAAAGGCCCUUUUCAGGGCCGCCACCCUUUCCGAGAGGAGCCGUGACGCAGCGCGGCUCAGACCGCCCUUUGUCCUCGCAGGGUUUCCUGUGCUCUCCGCCCUCCCCAACUAGUAUGAACUUGGGAUACCUCUUCAUUGGUGCUGCAGGGUGGGCUGUUUUUCACGUCGCGGGACCACUCACCCCAACCGAACCCCUCUCCCUCCGUUUCUGGGCGUGUGGGUCUCUGCUUUUGUUGAAAAGCUCGCUGCAGUUCUCAUAGCAGUUGGGACGCGGAAUUCGUUAGUUGCGCAAUGUGUAUUUCCUUUAAUUUACACUGCUGUGUAAGACAUCUCAAGUGAUGCAGCCCAGUAAAACCCGUGCAGAGUGGACUAGAGAUUAAGGAAUUAAAAGUGGAGAUAGCCUCACGUACCCUUGAGAGAGGGAGUCCGCGUUUUUGAAAAAUAGGAACUAAAAUUUAAAAUGUGAUAACUGAUGAGAUCUAAAUAUUUUAAACGUAUGUGGAUAUUUGCAGUCGUUUUUGGGCACCUACAAAAGUAUAUUAGUACUAAAUGAAAGUGCAGAAAAUAGAUGUUUCAAUUGCCUGAUUUAAGAAAACAAGCCAUUGUACUGUCUUGGAGAACAUUACUCCCACCUGACCAAGACUCGGGCUUGAUUGAGGUCAGAGGAGCCCAGGGGAGGCUCUAAUUGAAUGCAGAGAUUGCUCCAUCCCCCUGAAGCCGGUUUUGAAAUAGAGCCCGCAGGAACUACCUCCUGGUUUCUGGAUGGGGACGCCCCUGACUAGAAAUCGCAGCACUCCAAAUUGUAAAAUCCACCGAAUACGAAAGAGCAUACGCACUGGAUCAUUUCCCACUUGUCCGUGAGGCGCGCCACAUUCUGCUUUAUGCAGCUUCAGUGCUAAAACUCCUUUUGUAGAAGAGUGGGAGGUUUUUUUCUUUUAAUGACUAUACAUUGUUUUCCCAACAUCUUACACCGUCUUUAUCUACUUGUGAUAACUUUUCAUUGAUGUAUUGAAUAAUCUUUGCACUUGCUUGAUGAAGGAAAAGAAACUAUGUUGUAUAUGAAUAUUCCUUUUGGUCGGGCUUUGUGGUACAGGUCAGUAAUCUCAGCGUUUUGGGAAGCUGACGGACUGCAAAUUUGACCCCUCCUGCGUAAUUUAGUGAUUUAAUCUUUAAAUAAA